AUGGUACCAAAUCGUUUCCGCCUAUUACUGUCACUGUUGGUAGCCGCAUCUACCAUUGGCGCCAGAGCCGGUACCGUCCCAGCAGCGGAUGAUGCACCCCAGCUGGAUCCGCUGGAGUUCUCCUACCUCACACUGUGGAAGUACACGCUGGCCGAGUGCGAAAAACACGGCGUCAACGGAUCGAUCAUCACCAAGUCGUGGAUCGGUGUGCGGCGAUGCCUUCGGACCAAGUUGGACGUGAUCGCGUUCAACAUGGACUCGAUGCGGCUGGACGUCGACAAUCAGCAGGCCAUUUUGGAGAAGCACUGCCCGAAUCUGAUGCAAGCAAGUGGUUGCUUCGAUCCGUUCAUGAAGAACGUGAAGAGCUGCGUCCAAGGUGAUAACUUCGAGAUCUUUGAGGCUAUGCGGAACUGGAUCACGGACGUUUUGGAGCACAUCUGCGAGGAUAAUGGAGCACGAAUCAAAUAUGAUCGGGUGAAGCACGAGAAAUGUACGGCCGAAUUGGGUCAAUACGUUUUUGAAUGCGCAGCUCAGAAUAUUAUCGAUAAGCAGUACAGCAAUCGGAAGUCGCUUUCGGGAGAAGACUGCAGCAUGAUCCAGCGGGCCAAGGAUUGUCUUGUGAUCAAACUGAAGGAAUGUUCGGUAUUUUCGGCAGCCGCCCAGCUUUUCUACGAUAACUUCAUCCGGAUCACCUCCUGCACGGCAGCCGCCACCGCCGCCAACGAUGAUGGCAAUUGAAUCCAAAUAAACCUAAGAGUUUGUUUGCAAUCACGAUCUGUCGAAUACAGUUCAUUUAGGCUAGAAUUGAUAGAGAAAAAGAGAAACAUUCCACGCAUAGCAUUCGGCACUCGAUUAUUCCGACGAAUGAUAUAAACAAUAUACGGAGGCUCAGUUCGACUGGUCGCGGACAUAGAUGUGAAGUGAAGUACAUGAAAAGAGUCCAUUUCCCUGUUCGGCCCCGGGCACAGUACUCUUCUAAAGAUGCUCAACUCAUUUCAAUCUACGACACAUUGUUUAUUUACUGUUUUGUUGAGUUUUGUGUACAUUUUCAGCGAACACGGGUAGAGAGAUUGAAGGUGUUGUUUGGCAUAAAUAGUGCAAUAUAUUUCCAACAAUGCGCUAAAUUUAGAACGCCGCAGCACGUCCCUCCGUCUCGGCGAUCCUCCACUUCUACUAUUUGGGGUGCUUAUUAUUAGACUGUGAUCGGACGAAUAAUUAGAUUGAAAGUUCAUAGCGGCAAAAGGGUCUUUCUAAUUCGGAUUUACACUGAGAGAAAUAAAAAGAGCUGCAAUUUU